CGCGCAAACCUUUCUCUCCAUCACGACACAACGUGACCAAGAACACCAAACGAACACCGACCGACUCCAAGAAAGCUCGAGACCGCAACGACAAUGGCGUCCCGCCGCUUCUUCGCAUACGACCCCUACGACUACUACUACACCGCCCCGUACCACUACCCCUACCCGCGCUACCACCACCAGCAACCCGCCCCUGCUCGCGGGGUUGGGGGAUUCUUCCCGGUGGCCGCGGAUGCCGAUCCGGCGGCGAGGGCGGCCGCGCGUCCCACGCCCAGGUCGUCGAGGUCGGUCUCCAUCCCCGUCCAUUUCGUCGGGUCCGACCCGGAACUGGAGCGGGAGAUGCCGGGAUCGCGUGCGGAGCCGGUGGUCAGGAUGGCGGUGUCCAAGAAGCGGGUGCCCUCAGCAGAGGCUGCGGCGGUGAGGCUGCAGGCCGCGGCACGCGGGUUCCUGGCGAGGAAGACGGUGCGGACGGUGCGCAAGGUGGAGCGGGAGGCGGAGGAGGUUGGGGGAAAGGUGGCGCGCGAGGCUGAGGCGCUGCGAGGGGACGCCAGGGCGCGGGUCGCCGUCGGGGAGGCGCUCAUGCGGCUGCUGCUGCGGCUCGACGCGGUGCGCGGCGCGCGAGAGUACCGUAGGAGGGUGACCAAGAGGGUGCUCGCGCUGCAGGACGCAGUCGACGCCCUCGAGCCCAAGCUGGCGCCGGCCCCGGAAGCAGUGGCGGAGGAGACCGAGGCAACGACCGAGAUGGCGGAAGAGAUCGCGGUGGCGCCGGAGCUGCCGGGCGACGGGGAGCACGGCAGAAAGACGGAACCGAGGACGGCGGCCGAGACUACCGCCGACAUGGAGGUGGACGGUGACAGAGCCACCGGCGAGCCGGAUGCGGCAGAGGAAGCAGAACAGCAAACGGAUUGCGCGAAUCUUGCCGGCGAAAAGCCGGAGGAUGCUGGUGCGGAGGGUGAGUGUGAGAUAGCGACGGUGGAACCCGAGCCCGCAGCGGAGGCAGCGUCGUCCCCCCAGGCAACGCGGCCGCAGGAGCCGGCCGGUGUGGAGACAAGGAGGACGGCGGAGACCGUGGCGGCCGGCGGCGUGGACCCGAGGAAGGUGAUGGAGAUGGUGGCGGCACUGUGCGAGCGAAGCGCUCAGCAGUGCGCGGUGAUCGGCGCGCUGGCGGAGCGGGUGGACGCGCUGGAGCGCGCCGUGCGGCGGGCGGAGCGGCGGGGCAAGAAGCGGAGGAAGGAGGGCAAGGGGAGCAACAACAGAAAGUGCUACAUCGAAGGAUUGGUCAACAAGAACUAACAGCUUUGUAACUCAGCUUUGCUUUUCUAUGCUCAAACACAAUGUGUUGAUUGUUGCAAUCUUCAUAUGGUUAUUGUAAUUUCAGUUGCAUGUCUUGGCUUCAUAAUUAUGUCCCGGUUUGCACUCA